CCCCUGUUCUUUACACGACAAAAGCGCCGUGAGACAGCAGGGGGCAGGAUGUCCUACGGUUCUAUUGACGGAGGCUCCUUCGGGACCAGGAACCCAUUCGGAGGUCCAAGCAGGCAGGGCUACCAGCCAGUAGCAACUCAGGUCAGCCCCUCGGAGCUACAAGAUGUCUUCCAGGAAACCUCCUCCAACAUCUUCCAGAUCAACGGCAAUGUGGUAACGCUGGAGAGGAGUCUCCGUGCCCUGGGAACCUCCAGAGACAACGCUGAGCUGAGGCAGAGUCUACACUCCACACAGCAGCAGACUAACAAAGUGAUCACCAGCACCAGCCAGCUCAUCAAACAGCUCUCUGACAUCAUCAGCUCUUCUUCACGGCAAGACCGUCUGCGCUUAACCAGACUGAAGACGGAACUCUCUGAGGCUGUUCAGCGCUAUGGCGACCUGCAGAAGAAAAUUGCUGAGCGUUCGAGGGCCCUGCUUCCCCCGGCGCAGAGAGUGAAGAAGCAGAGUCCCCAGACACCGUUUGCUGAGCUGUGCGAUGAGGGGCCUCUGUUUGACACGGGCGAGGAGGUGUCAGGUCCUCCGCUGGAGGACCAGGAACAGGUCUUCCUGUCCGAGAUCAGCGAAGAAGACGUGGAGGUCCUCCGACAGAGAGAAGAAGCCCUGCUCCAGAUCGAGAGGGACAUGUUGGACAUCAGCCAAAUCAUGAGGGAUCUCGCCAGCAUGGUCCACGAGCAGGGAGACACCAUCGAUAGUAUCGAGGACUACAUACAGACCACCACAUCCAAUGUGGAGACAGCCAAUCAGGAGCUAGCGAAGGCCAGUCAUCACCAGAGACAGCUACGGAAGAGGAAAUGCUACAUGCUGGCGGCUGGAGCCUUCCUCCUCGCCCUCCUCGUCGUCAUCAUCGCCGUGUCUGCCAGGAAGUGACACGCGACGGUAAGGACCCUUGACGCCG